AAAAAAAAAAACACAAAAACAGGAGCACUACCGAGCGGCAGAGAGGCGAGCGACCAUGGAAGAACUUACGGCAUUCGUGUCGAAGUCUUUCGAUCAGAAGAGCAAGGAGAGCAGCAAGGAGAGCAUCACGUACAGGGAAGUUUUGGAGAGCGGCUUGACGCGGGCGCGGGAGCUGGGCAGCCCGGAGACGAACCUGCAGGACAUUACGGACGCCAGCCACUGCCCGGUGCACCUCUACAAGGACCACGUGGAGCUGGAGAAGGAGAAACUGAAGGACUUUAAUGUUUCCAGGGCGACUGAGGGGAUCUACGAGUGCAAAGAGAAGAAGGACGACGUGAAGUCCGAGGACGAGGACGCGCAGGGCAAACUGAAGCAGAGGCGGAGCCGCACUAACUUUACCCUGGAGCAGCUCAACGAGCUGGAGCGGCUCUUCGACGAGACGCACUACCCGGACGCGUUCAUGAGAGAGGAGCUGAGCCAGAGGCUGGGGCUGUCUGAGGCCAGGGUGCAGGUCUGGUUCCAGAACAGAAGAGCGAAAUGUCGAAAACAAGAAAACCAAAUGCACAAAGACAUCUUUCCCUUCUCCCCAGGUGUGAUUCUGGGCAGCGGCAGUCACCUGGACGCCUGCAGAGUGGCACCCUACGUCAACAUGGGCGCCCUGCGGAUGCCCUUCCAACAGGUUCAAGCACAGCUACAGCUGGACGGAGUCACCCACUCCCAUCCUCACCUGCACCCUCACCUGGCCGCCCACGCCCCCUACCUGAUGUUCCCGCCCCCUCCCUUCGGACUACCGAUCGCGUCCCUCGCCGACUCGGCCUCCGCGGCGGCGGCGGUGGCGGCGGCCGCCAAAAGCAACAGCAAGAACUCCAGCAUCGCCGACCUGCGACUCAAGGCAGGACUUCUGCGGGGCCAGUGGCUCAGUCCACUCCAGGCACAGAUCACAUCCCAAGGACCGUACAAACACAUGUGGAUGUCUGUCUGAGGGCCAGGCCGGGGAGGGGGGCCCCCCGUCAGACCAGAGGACGUUAGAACAAAGCAAACUGGCAGGGUCGAGAGCAGAGACUCACUGCCGCUGGCUGCCGUCUCUUUUGACAUGCAGAGGGGCUGAGCUAUUUUUUUUUUUUGGGGUAGAGAAGGAGAAAAGAGGGUUAGGAGGAGAGGGGUAAGAGGGGGGGGGAGGCCCACACAUCACCUCACCAAAGCUUUGGAAUGGCUUUCACCUUUCCACCCCGCUCAGUAGUUUAAAGAAGAAAAAACAGAAAAAAAAAAAAAAAAAAGGCCAUAUUUGUCUCCAACCACUGUGUCCGCUGCUGCUGCAGAGUGCAUGAGCUCUAAAUGGAGGACCGGUCCCCCAUCUCCCACCUGACGCAACUUCUCAACAGCUGUUUUUUAACACUGCCGUUCAGCAACACCCCACACCUCGCCCCCCCGCAACGGUCAAAGUCAAAGGUCUCCAUCCCAAUCCAACGUCGCUCUUCUCGUGGACUUGUGUUGUAACAAACGCAACAGUUUUCUAUAUAUUAUUAUUAUUUUUUUUUUGACGCUUCGCUUCGGGAGGGGGAAGAGACGUUGUCGUGCGAUGCUGGACUUGUGAUGGCCGGACUCGGGUUCAGUUCCUCCUCACGGUGCGCUCUCUCUCUCUGUCUUUAUUUCCUUCUUGUUGUGUUGUAUCUUGGGAAAAAGAAGUGAAGAUAGCCUUUGCACUUCAGGUCUUGUACGAGGGUGUUUACAAAUGGCACUACAAGCAGAUACUACUUUACUAAUUAAAGAGGGACGGGGGGGGAGGGUUUUGAUAUCACCACGACGAGCAAAGGGUAUAACGGGGAUUCCUUUUUGUGUUCUGCUUUUUUGUAAUUCUGAAAAAUAUGAAGAAAGCAUCAGUCAAACUGAAAUGCAAUUGUGUGCAGUUUAAGUGCAAUACUGUAAAUAGCAAAAAACAGAAAAAACAAAACGAAAGUUAAAACAGCUAGAAGUUAAUCCUCGAUGAUGAAGAAACUUUUUUUCUCUUUUGGGUUUUCGGUCGUUUUCCAUGCGCUGGUGGAAAGCAGAUUUUUAACGCCAGUGCGUGUUUUAUUUCUAUCAAGAAAAUUCAAUCAGGUGCCAUAAUCCCACAUGAUCCACACGUAUUCAGACAUUUUGUUUCAAGGGGCACAUCUGUCUGGGAAGACAUGAGCACAGUUUUCGGAUGCUGCAGAAACAAAAGGAAAACAAAAACUAACUUAUACUAAAUUAUGAACAAAUCAAAUCAGGCUUGCAACUCAAAGCAGGUCUUUGUUUUUAGAAUAAUUAGCUUCAUUUUGCAUGUAUUUUGUUUUUGUUGUAAAAAUCAAACCUUCCCAGAUUAUUCAGACUAUUUUUAACUGUUUUAAACAAAACAAAAUCAAAAUUAAAUUCAAAGAUUUUUUUUUUUUAGAAAAAUAACACUGCAGCACUAAAUAUGUAGAUCAUUUUCAGAUCUAUGUAUACCUCCAAACAUUUUCUACAUUUCCAGACCUCCAUUUAGAAAUGUUUAUCUAUGUCUCCAUUUUAAAUUAAACCUAUGGGUGUUUUAUUUUAUUUAUUACUUUUGUCUGAAAGUUUUAUGGAAAGAUGAAAUAGCUGAACUACAAGUGUACAUUUUUACAUGGCUUUGCAUUUAUUUUUGUAUUUUUUUUUAAGUGUUGAAUUUGAAUUAGGAGGUGUAAUGCAUUGUUUGCCUAAAAAAAAGAAAAAAAGAAAAAGCAUAAAAAAAAACAAACAAACAAAAAAAAUCAAACCGGUAAUGUAGCGUGUCUGAGUUUACAAAGAUUUCAGGGACGGUUGGACUAAAACAAUUCGCCAUGGAAUUUGUUGUACCCAUUCAAAUGAUUUUCAUUUCAUACGCAAGCAUGCCUAUACAUGAGUCAUCGUACAGCUGUUUUUGUUUCCACCCCUUUUUGAUUCACAAAAAUAUGAAUGUACAUCUUGUACGAGUAAAAUAUCAAUAAAGCUAUAAAUAUUUGUACUUGA